UUUCGUUUUAUAUUUUGACCGUUUCAUAGAAGCGUUCGUAUUAUUAAUUCAUAACACUCUUAGAAAGAUAAACUGACUACCGCGUUAUACAACGAGUAAUAGCACUAUGGUUUGGAUUGAACUUAAGGAUUUUAAAUGCCCGUCAGCGGAUUGUGACUCGAGAGGAACAUGGCUUUGCAAAGAAGAUGGCACAAGCAUGUACAUAAAUGAGAAGGGAAUAAUGGAAUGUCGCCCUGGAACACAUACAGGAAAGAUUAUAGAGUGGGGAUGGAAAUGCAAGAAGGACUGUCACCAGGGAGAGUAUUUCACGGCUGAUUUUGAAGGGUUUUGCUUCUCGUUGUCAAUGGCAAUACAAUACGCAGGAAAAGGGGGGAGUGAGUGGGCGAUUUCAUUGUUACAGGAACUUGGAAAACAAUACAACAAAUAAAUAAAAGUACUCAGACAUCCAAACACUCGUGUCAUGGUAUUGUUUCGUGAUUUCGUAAUUGAAGUGGAAUUGUAUGUCACGUUAUUAAAGUCUAUUUGGUAUAUUAUUGUUACUGUGUUUGUGUGUACAAUUUGAAUUGAACCGACAUAGAAACAGGAAUCUUGUUCACACAUUUGGUAUGCAGCAAACAUGCGUUUCUGAAUAAAAAUAUCGUUUUUA